AUGCGCGCGGCCCUUCCGCCGGCCGCGGGGGGCCGGGAGAAAGCUGGCGGCGACGGCCCCUCCCCCGCCGCGGGCUGCGGGGCCGGAAGAACGCGGGCGGCUGGCCUUGAGACCGCGGGCGGCGGCUGGGGCUUUCGCACCACAGCUCCUCCCCCGUGCGAGGACCUGGGUCGCACUGGGCGGAGGCUGGGCUGCACCCCACCCGCCCCCUCCCUGAGCGGUGCACUCUGUGAAGUUGGAGGCGCGCAACAACCAAAGUGCAAAGCCUUUGUUCAGCACUGGAGAAACCGGUUAAGGCACCAGCAGCCCGAGCUGCUUCCGUACAAGAUGGCGUCGCCCACUUGUACACCCCGGCUGGGGUUACGUCACGAAACCGGAAGUGGUUUCCGUCCUAGAGGAUUCGGGUGGGUGCGCGCAGGUGGUCACAGAGGUUCCAGAUCUUCAGCGUGGAGUGCCGCAGGUGUUCGGGUCGGGUCCAGGGCCGCAGGUAAGUAA